CUCAACAACCAAAAUCAAACCAGAACGAUGACUCACCACUAUUCCAUCGAAUUCGGCACACCGAUCUACUGUUGCGCAUUCAUCGACUCACGAAAAAUCAUACUCGGAGCAGGUGGCGGGACAACGAAAUCGGGGAUCACCAACAAACUAACUAUCAUCCAACUCGACCCUCCGAACAAAUCAUCCAAUGUCACCACUGAAUUCAACUUGGAGAAGGGUGAAGAUGUACCGAUGAGCAUGGAAUUCGAUAGAAGCAACAAACAACUCAUUUGUGGGAUCAAUGCACCCCUGUUAAGCUCAAGUCCUGAGAAGAAUCUGCAUCUACGUACUUUUUCAUUGGAGAAAAAUCAACAAUUAAAAUCAAAAACGGCGCAGAGGGUUCUAACCUACGAAUCAGAGGAUAACUAUCAGAGAAUCACCUGUUUGUCUGACCAAGCUCCUAAACUACUAGCCGUCGGUGGGACAAACAAUCAACUCGAUCUGCUCAAUUAUCCAAGUCUCAGACCGGCCUUUAACACGAUUUGGUGUACCGAAAAGGAAGACCAAAAGUCACAACUCUUGGCGGUUGACUUCCAUCCAGACGGAUCACAAUUCUUAGUCGGAUCCAGUCGACACGUCAAACUCUUCUCAACAAAACGAAAGCUCUCGAAAAAAGGGUCCAAGAAGAUCUUCCCUCCCGAUCUCAUACGCCAAUUCGAACCACCAUCAACGAGUGCCAAUCAAAACACCUCCUUUAGAAAUGUCAUGUAUGGAAGAGGCAUCAACUCAAAGACAGUUUAUACGAUCGUCAACCACUUACCCAAUAAAGGAGAUUAUGGCCGAAAGUCGAACUCGAUCUGGCCUCGGUCCGACCAACGGAAGGCGGUACUGAUCUCAUGGAACCUAGACGAUGGACAGCAACGGCGAUCGAAGAUGAUCAGCAAUAAGCCGGUGACCUCGUUCGAUAUCAGUUCCUCGGGCAAGCUCCUGGCGUUUUCUAGUAGUGAUCUGAGCAUCGGGAUCUUGGAUGCUUCUUCCUUACGGUCAUUAUUGUCGAUCCUACAUGCACAUGAGUUCCCAGUAACAAGUAUUAAGUUUUCACCAGAUGAAGAGAGAGUGGUCAGUUGUUCGGCUGAUAUGACCAUCAGGGUGAUCGAAUUGGAUAAAAGCAUUCUAGAUCGGAGUUCUAAGCAGCUCUUCAUCUUGAUCAGUCUCAUAAUCCUUCUCAUCGGGUUCUUGAUCAAGUUCUUGAAUUGAUCUUCUUCAACCACCGAUAUGCUCCUUAUUUAUUUAAUCCAUAGAAAUUCAAGCAAAAACAGGUUUAAGCUUAUUGACGUCUCAUCUCUUGAUCAAGAUGUUGAUUCCUGACAACAAACUUCAAUAUACCGUAAUCUAUAAAGCUUCUUUUUUUGGUAGGAUCAA